CCGGGCCCCGGAGGCCUCGGCCAGGGGCGGCAUGGAGGGCGCCGGCGGCGGCGUGGCGGGCGGGGGCAGCAACGUGCCCGCCUUCCUCACCAAGCUGUGGACCCUCGUGGAGGACCCGGAGACGGACCCGCUCAUCUGCUGGAGCCCGAGUGGAAACAGCUUCCAUGUCUUCGACCAAGGCCAGUUUGCCAAGGAAGUCCUUCCUAAAUACUUCAAACACAACAACAUGGCCAGCUUUGUCCGGCAGCUGAACAUGUAUGGCUUCCGGAAAGUAAUCCACAUCGAGCAGGGCGGUCUGGUGAAGCCCGAGAAGGAUGACACUGAAUUCCAGCACCACUACUUCCUCCGCGGCCAAGAACAUCUCCUGGAGAACAUCAAGAGGAAAGUAACCAAUGUAUCUGGCAUAAAGAAUGAAGAUAUCAAGGUUCGCCAGGACAGCGUGACAAAGAUAUUGACUGAUGUCCAGGCAAUGAAGGGCAAGCAGGAGAGCAUGGACUCCAAGCUGAUAGCCAUGAAGCAUGAGAACGAGGCGCUAUGGCGGGAGGUGGCCAGUUUGCGGCAGAAGCACGCCCAGCAGCAGAAGGUGGUGAACAAGCUCAUACAGUUCUUGAUCUCGCUGGUGCAGUCCAACCGUAUCCUUGGAGUGAAGAGGAAGAUCCCCUUGAUGUUGAACGACAGCAGUUCGGCCCACGCCAUGCCCAAGUACAGUCGCCAGUACUCUUUGGAGCACGUCCACAGCCAGCCUCCCUACUCCGCCUCCCCCCCGGCAUACAGUGGUGCGAACCUGUACUCCCCGGACCCCUCCGCCAACUCCGGCCCCAUCAUCUCUGACGUCACAGAACUGGCCCAGUCCAGCCCCUCUGCCUCUCCCAGCAACAGCCUUGAUGGAAGGAGUAGUCCCGUGAUCCACAUCAAAGAGGAGCCCCCCAGCCCCUCUCGCAGCCCUCUGAUUGAAGAAACCAGCCCCAUCGGCACUCCUGCCAUCGAGAGCCCCCUCUCUCCCUCCGCCUUCAUCGACUCCAUCUUGCAGGAUGAGAAGCCCAGGGGCGUCAUGGCCGCAGCCCCUCUUGCCGACAGUGGCGGCAGCAGCACAGCCGCUGAACAGGCCCAGUCCCCCGAAAAGUGCCUCAGCGUCGCCUGCCUGGACAAUUUGGCUCGCCCUCCGCAGAUGUCCGAAGUCACCUGCCUUUUCCCCAGCCCUUCCUCUGCCUCACUGCACUACAGACCACAGCAAGGGAACGAGCUGAACGAGCACUUGGACACCAUCGACUCCAGCUUGGAUAACCUUCAGACCAUGCUGAGCACCCACGGCUUCAGCGUGGACACCAGCGCCUUGCUGGACCUCUUCAGUCCUUCAGCGACAGAUCUGAACUUGCCAGAUCUGGACAGCAGCUUGGCCAGUAUCCAAGACCUCCUUUCCUGCCAGGAGCAGCAGAAGCCGGCGGAGGUGGAAGACUCUGCAGCAGACACAGGCAAGCAGCUGGUCCACUACACAGCGCAGCCCCUCUUCCUGGUUGACUCAAGCUCCAUGGACAUGGCCAACACGGAAAUGCCCAUCUUCUUUGAGCUGGACGAAGGACCCUGCUUCACGGAGGACGAGUACUUGGAGGACCCCACCAUCGCCCUCCUCUCGGGGGCGGAGACGCCCAAGCCCAAGGACCCCUCCGUCUCCUAAGGCCAGGCCCUGGGCCAGUGUGGAAGAAGGCCGGACUCAAGGAAGGGCCAGCCGCCCCCUUGCUUUGCUCCAGUGACGUUGCGGACGAGCCCCCUGCUCUCCCCUCUGGCCAGGCUGCGAGGGUGUGUUUGUGUCUGUGCUUCGGGUGCCCACCCCUCCGGGCGGCGGCUCUGGGGCGGGGGGAUGCCCAUUGGCGGAAGACGUGUGUGUGUUCCUUGGCUGCUGCCAGCGCCUGUUUUGGGUGCCAGGCGCCCUAGGCCUGGACACUAAGCGCUGACCCCUUGCCCUGCCCUUUAGGCGGAGAGGAAGGAGAGCAAGCGAGCGAGGAGGGGGGUCGCUCUCACUGGGGAGGGGAAGGAGAAAAGGAGGCAGAGAAUUCCCCCUCCCCUUGGGGGAUGGACUUGUUGGCAUUUGGAGAGAAGUGAGAGUGCCUCUCGCACCCGGGGCUCAAGGGCUGGGUCCCUUUGUCACGUCUGCUGUUGCGUGUGUCCCCGAAUGUUACAGGGCGCCUGGGCGGGAGGAGGCUGCCCCACCCCACGCCCCCCUCCCCCAUGGGGCUUGUUUCCCUUGGCUUAGCAGUAAAGAAUUUGUACAUUUGCAUUUUGAUUGUUACUAGAAGAAAAUUGUAUUUUGGAUUUUUACAUGAGAGAAGAAGCCCCCUCCUCCCCCUCAGCCUUCCUCUCUCCUGCUAUAUAAAUACCUAUCUAUACAUAUUCAAA